AGUUGCAGGCGGGUGGUGGCGGCUGUACUUGCUGGUGAGGGUGGGAGGGAGUGAGUCACUGAGCGUGUGUGAGGGAGGGAAGGAGCGAACGGGCGGGCGAGCGAGCAGCCCGCGCCGUCCGCCUGCAGCACCAGCCAGGCCCCGCCGCCGCCGCCGCCCCGCGCCGAGGCCGGGCCGAGCCGAGCUGGGUCGGGCCCGGGCCAUGCUGCUCACCGUGUACUGUGUGCGGAGGGACCUCUCCGAGGUGACCUUUUCCCUCCAGGUCGACGCCGACUUCGAGCUGCACAACUUCCGCGCGCUGUGUGAGCUCGAGUCCGGCAUCCCCGCAGCCGAGAGCCAGAUUGUCUAUGCUGAAAGACCUCUCACAGACAACCACAGAUCACUGGCUUCUUAUGGCUUAAAAGAUGGCGACGUUGUGAUUUUACGACAGAAGGAGAAUGCAGACCCUCGCCCUUCGGUGCAGUUCCCAAACUUACCCCGAAUAGACUUCCGUAGCAUAGCUGUGCCUGGCACGUCAAACACCCGGCAGCGCCAGCCAGCAGGAGCACAGCAGUCCCACUCAUCUCCUGGAGAGGUAGCUUCAUCUCCUCAGGGCCUGGACAAUCCAGCCUUGCUCCGAGACAUGUUGCUGGCCAACCCCCAUGAGCUGUCCUUGUUGAAGGAACGCAAUCCACCCUUGGCAGAUGCUCUGCUCAGUGGAGAUCUUGAGAAAUUUUCUAGGGUCCUGGUGGAGCAGCAGCAGGACCGCGCCCGGAGAGAGCAAGAAAGGAUUCGUCUCUUUUCUGCAGACCCUUUUGAUCUUGAAGCUCAGGCAAAGAUAGAAGAAGAUAUAAGGCAACAGAACAUUGAGGAAAACAUGACAAUAGCUAUGGAAGAGGCUCCGGAAAGCUUUGGCCAAGUAGUGAUGCUUUAUAUUAACUGCAAAGUGAAUGGACAUCCUGUGAAAGCCUUUGUUGACUCAGGUGCCCAGAUGACCAUUAUGAGCCAAGCUUGUGCAGAAAGGUGUAAUAUAAUGAGGCUGGUGGACCGUCGGUGGGCAGGGAUCGCCAAAGGAGUGGGCACCCAGAAGAUUAUUGGAAGGGUACAUCUAGCUCAGGUUCAAAUUGAAGGAGAUUUCCUGGCGUGUUCCUUCUCUAUACUUGAGGAACAGCCCAUGGACAUGCUUUUGGGACUGGACAUGCUGAAACGGCAUCAGUGUUCCAUUGACCUCAAGAAAAAUGUACUCGUGAUCGGCACCACAGGCUCAAAGACCACCUUCCUUCCUGAGGGGGAGUUACCAGAGUGUGCCCGGUUGGCAUAUGGGGCCGGGCGAGAGGAAGUACGGCCAGAGGAGAUUGCAGACCAAGAAUUAGCAGAAGCCCUUCAAAAAUCUGUAGAGGAUGCAGAGCGUCAGAAGCCAUGAUGCAUGUAGUGUGUGUGUACUGCAGCUGGAGUGGGCCCCAGACCAGAGAAAAGCGGUAAAGAAACUACCUCACUGGGAAUGUCAUCAUUACCACCUUCAGAUGGAUUUAACCAUCAAGCCCAUCCUUCAGGACAGAGUCCUGAGACUGGUAAUCCUUCACGUCUUGCUCACUCUGUCUCUGCUUCAGGCUGCCCUGUUGAGCCCAGCGACCCAGACAGCAUUGAACCUAAAGCUCUGAAGGCUUUGAAGGCUUCAACUGAAUCCCAGGUAAUAACCUGUGAAAAGAAAGAACAUCUUCCUCUACAGGACCCUUCUGAUUGUGCUUCCUCAGCAGACCAGGGGCCAGCUACGCCUUUGCAGGAUGCACUCGAAGAAGCCAUUGUUGGAGCUAAUCUAGGGAAAUCUGCUGAAAGAAGCACCCAGGGCCUCACAGCUCAUCUCCACACCAGACAGGAAGUUCGUUUAUCUGUCACUAGGAUGGAAGAACCACAGAGGCUUAGAGAUGAAAAGGGUUGGCAUCCAGAACAUCAGGACCUGAGUCAAGCGAGUGGCCUUCAGCAGCAUGAAGAACCAAGGAGUGGACAGCAUGAGGUUACACAGCAGAAUGCUCCACAUGAGCGAGCACAUCUUUGUAACACAGGGGACCUUGAACUGCUUGGAGAAAGGCAACAGGAUCAACAAAGAAGUAUUGGUUCGGAAGCUACAAUGAAAGGAGACAGGCUAGAGCAGACUGUGGACCUUUCGGGUACAGAGAAAACUAUUCUACCUUCAGGAUGCCUUGGCUGCUCAAGUUCAGAAACACUUAUGGAAGUAGAUAUAGUUGAACAGUCCCUAGUUGCUGUGCUUAAUUCAGCAGGUGGUCAGAAUACCAGCGUCAAGAACAUCGGUGCAUCUGAUCUCACCUUAGAUAAUCCCUUGAUGGAAGUAGAAACAUCAAAAUGUAACCCUUCCUCUGAAAUUUUGAGUAGUUCCAUUUCCACUCAGGAUUUACAGCUUCCAGAAAGUAAUGUUGAAAUGUCUGGAACAAGUAAAGAAUACGGGAGUUGCCCCUCCUCUUUAGUAAGUCUCUGUGGCAGUUGUCAGCCAUCCAUAGAGUCCACAGAGGAAUCUUGCUCAUCUGUCACGGCAGCCUUAAAGGAACUUCAUGAACUUUUGGUCAUUAGUAGUAAACCAGCUUCAGAAAACACAUCGGAAGAAGUUAUCUGUCAAUCAGAGACAGUAACUGAGGGCCAAACAGGUAUUAAGGACCUUUCUG